AUGGAUGGUGAAUGCAAAGCGUUUGUGGAGCGGCGAUGGCAUCUCAAUUCUGCCUCGUUGUGUGUGCAGCCUGCAUUUUGGCGACUGGAUGUGGUGGAGAGCGUGAUAAUUUGGGACACCAAAGCAUUCCGUGGUAGCUAUGCAGAUGAAGUCGUACUAUCAGCGGUGGCAGCUAAUUCAUCUGGCGGCGAAAUUCGGAAUGUUGCAAAUUUCUCGCAAGGCGAAAUCACACUUCGGGGACUGCAACCCAACCACUUAUACUCUGUGAUAGUAGACAUUCGUAUGAGACAUGAAAGCCUGUGGAAAGACACUUAUAGGAUCAGAACGCUACCGGCUGAGGAGGAAGGAAGCACCGUCUCGACUGAUGCAUCUGGCUCCAUUUCGGUAGCUUUCGCAGGUAUCUUCCUUUGCUUGACUGUAGUCCUCGCUUCGGCACUUGCCAAUUCUUUUCUCACCACAGGCUUGCGUGUUGGAGGCAAUGCAUCAGUCGGCGCUCUUGCAGAUUCAGUUAACAUCAUCAAUGUAACCACGCUGGUGGAAAUCUGUUGGCUAACAAAUGCUCAGAUUUGCCUGGUGAUGGCUAAUUCCUCGCUUUACUGCAACUGGUUCUCAGGCGAUGGCUUUUACAAAACCUCGAACUCAGGUGGCUUACUACUGCACGAACAGAUUAUCCUCUACUGGAAUGUGCCGGUGGCCUACAACUGUAGAGCAGCUCGGCAUACUCACCGGGUAUUCAGUCAAGUUGUGUGUGCUGGUGUUUCAGUCAGGCCUGCAGGUCGUUAA